AUUUGACUGUUGAGGUUGAGAAUGGAGAUGGAUGAAGAUAUGGAAAUGGAGCAAACAGUGUUGGAGACGAGAGAGAUUGAUCUAGAGUACGAGUUUGACGCGGCUCGGUGGUUCGAUUUCACUCGGAUGGAGUCACCGGCGGAGUCUCAAUCCGCUGAGUUCUGGUUUCACUCUGCUCCUUCCUACGCUCCUUCUCCUUUCGUAACAAAACUGUUACUUAGUGAGGAGGAGGAGGAGGUUUCUGAUGAUAAGACCGAGGCUGCAUCCACGAUAUCAGAGGCCGUUGAUGUUUGUGAGAAGGGUAGAGAGACAGGUGAGUUAACUUAUGUACCUCCAUCUCUUUUUUUUCAGUUGAGUAAUGGAAUCCGUUUUGGGAUUUUUUCAUCUCAACAAGGUAGUAAGUUGAAGAAAGUCUCAAGUCAACCUAUAUGCAAAGGGCCAACGGUUAGUAAUCACAACCACAAUGAUAAACCAAAGUUCCGACCUAAGUCAAGCGUUAGACCAACUCCAAGGAGCUCAACGUUAAUGAAGCCUACUGCUAGCCAGUUAGCAAAACAAAAUAAUGCCAGUAAAUUCCAUAUGCAAGUAGAUCAAAUUCAUGAGAAAAGUUUGUGUGGGACGGAAGUUCAAGCGGCUAAAAGACAGAAGCUUGAUGGAGGUCUUCUUCGUAAGGUUGCUGAUACAAAGCAGGAGAUGAAUUUUGUUCACAAAUUACCCAAGAAGGAUACAACUCUUGAUAGAAACUCACAACAGGCCAGGAAAAAAAGUACUGUCCCACAGGAGCCUGAUUUUGCUACAUCGCAGAGGGCUCACAGGACACGGCACAAGAAUGAUGCCAAGUUAGAACAGGACUCAACAACUGUAUAUAGGUUCAAAGCACGUCCAUUUAACCGAAAGAUAUUUGAUGCUCCCUCAUUGCCCAUCCGGAAAAAGAGUACUCCAAAACUACCUGAGUUCCAAGAAUUCCAUUUGAAGACUUCAGAAAGGGCUACGCAACAUUCUUCAGCAGUAAGAACAAGGUCUAAUUUGGGGAAUGAUGUGUAUAAGAAAAUUAAGAAUGAUUACUUGGUUUCUCAGUUCAACUUAAAGUUUGAUUUCUCUUGCAGACCAAGCGCUAUGGAUAUAUCUAAGCAUGAUGUCUCAGACGGAAAACACAUUUUUAAAGCUCGCCCUCUGAACAAGAAGAUACUUUCAAGCAGAGGAGACAUGGGCAUUUUCAAAAAUAGCAAGCGAGAAACAACAGUACCUUUGGAGUUUAGUUUUCAUUCAGAAAAGAGGGUUCAACCAGAUUUACCAACAGACCUUUUCAGCAAGCUCUCCAUCAAAUCCGAGCUUAACCAAAACAAUGGAUCUCGUACAAGAUCUCUUCAAGCAAAGGGCUUCAAGGAAAAUAGAGUGAACUCUUACCAAGCAGGAAAUGAGGUAACAAGACUGACUGCAGCUGAAAAAACGGUCUCUUCAGCUGGACAACAGAUACAGGCUGGUAACAGUGGAAUAAUCUCCGAAACAAACCAGCGAUGGACCACUAAUAGGAGCUUAGGCAUUCGCUGA